AUGCAGACUGUGAUAGGAGACGUCAAGGGUUCAGACUUGUCCAUUCCCCGACCUGACCUUACACUCGAAGAUAUCGACAAACAUUCAAUUGGUCCUCCUCAUAUCACACCCGUAGAUGGCGGCCUAUGGGCAUGGCUCUCUGUCUUGGGAGGAUUCUGUGUUCUCACGUCCACAUUCGGGUACUGCAUGUCGUUCGGUGUCUAUCAGGACUAUUAUGUCCUGUUAGGCUCUUCGAGUUCAUCCGGUAUCAGCUGGAUUGGUUCCUUGCAGGCACGCCUCAAGGUUCUCACCUCUCCUACAACCUUUCUCAUGCUGUUUGUCGGUCUGCCAGCCGGAAAGCUCUUCGAUCUGGGACACUUUCACUAUACCUUAGCUGCUGGGAGCGCCCUACAUGUCUUCUCCAUGUUCAUGCUAUCGCUGGCCGAUCCACACCAGUACUAUCAACUUAUACUUUCUCAAGGGGUGGGCAUGGGUAUAGGUAGUGGGCUUAUGCUGGUUCCAGCCAUGUCAGUACAGACGCAUCACUGGAGCAAGCAUCGCUCUCUUGCAAUGGGUAUUGUCAUGACAGGUCAGACGCCUCACACCAGUUACUUCAUGGGCGAGUCAAAUGACCCUUGUGCAGGCUCAGGUGUCGGCGGAGUGAUAUUCCCAAUCAUGCUCAAUAAUAUGAUCUAUGGCAGAGCCGGCUUCGCGUGGGCUGUCCGUGCGACGGCGUUCCUUACAUUAGGACUUGUCAUAAUCGCUAACAGUGUCAUGACGGCCCCUCUACCGAGUGUCAAGCGUCGACCAUCUGGUUCCGUAUCUGAGGUCAAGUCGAUAAUGACGGACCGCGCAUUUCUCUUGUUCUUAUCAGGGUUAGUUGCUAUAUUGAAUGCAGCCUCAAUACCUGGGCGCAUCGUACCAAACUUGCUCGCGGAUCGUAUCGGCACGUUCAAUAUUUUUGUGCCUGUUGUCAUCGUCACAGGUGGACUCGUCUUCGCCAUGUUCGGCGCUGUCAACACAGGAACCGUUAUUGUGUUUUCGAUACUGUAUGGAUUCUUCUCUGGUGCAGUCAUGGCUUUGAUACUGCCCACCGCUGCCAGUGUUGCGAAUAAUGUGCAGGAAAUUGGCAUUCGCUUGGGGCUCACAUACUUUGUCAACUCCUUCGCGAUCCUCACAGGCACACCCAUCGAUGGAGCAUUGUACGACACGCACCACCAAUGGUUCAGACCAAUCGUCUUCAGCAGUGUCGUCAUGUUGGCUGGCUCUAUGACCCUGAUCGUUUCGAGGCUGUUAUACUCAUCCAGGAAGCGCACGCAGAUUGUCUGAUCCCCAUAUUGACCGUCCAUUCUUAGGACGAUAUAAAAUUUGUGAGAUUCAUAACCCAGAUUAUAGCGACCCCCUUAGCGCAUGUAGAUCCCGGAGCUUCGACUUGUAUAACGUAAAUAUGGGCUACGUACGAUGCUCUUGUCUAUGCCAGUGACUGUAGACGUAUACACCCCUUGAAAUAUACUCAGCUUGUCAACACUCC